CAUUUCUCCAGCAGCCAGACUCGUCCAGUCGUCUUCUAAAGGCACAUUAAAAUGGCGUCGGCUCCGGCAGAUUACAGCACCUACAGUCAGACCACUGCUCAGCAAGGGUAUGCAGCUUAUGCUGCCCAGCCCUCACAAAGCUAUGGACAAUCUGCACAGCAGAGCUAUGGUCAGCAGAGUUAUGGAUCAUAUGCCCAACCUGCUGCUGCUGACAGCAGUUACACUCAGACAACACCUGCCGCUGGAGGCUACACUCAGCAGCAGCAACAGCAACAACAGUAUGGAUCCUCAUACGCUCAGCCUGCAGCAGCUGGCUAUCCUGCUGCCCAGUCUGCCACUAAUACCUACUCCCAGUCAACCCAGAGCUAUGGAGCCAGUGGUUAUGACAGUACUCCUGCUGCUGCUGCGCCAGCUGCCUCCCAGUCUUACGGCUCUCAGCCAGGCUAUACUGCCCAGUCUGCCUACCCUGGUUAUGGCCAGCAGGCGGCUCCCACUGCACCACAGAGUUACAAUGCUAGCAGCCAGCCCGCCAGUUACAGCCAAAGUAGCUACUCCCAGCCAGCAGCAUAUGGCCAGCAACAAUCUGGCUACCAGGCCCAGCAGGCCAGCUACGGCCAGCAGGGGUACCAGCAGCCGACCCAGCAGCAGACACAGGCUCCUCCUGCUUACCCUCCUCAGACUUCUAGUUCCUAUAGUCAGCCUGCAGCCAACCAGUACAGUCAGCAAGGUGGACCUCCCAGUUACAACCAGUCCAACCAUUACAAUAAUUACAGACAGGAUGGCCAGAGUGGAGGUUCUGGUUACUCUGGCUCUGAGUCUUCAAGGUACUCGGGGUCAGGGGAAAGCCGGGGCCCUAGCAGGGAUGGCUUUGAUCGCGGUGGAAUGAUGCACCGUGGCCGUGGAGGCAUGGGCCGUGGCAUGGGCAGCGCUGGAGACAGAGGUGGCUUCAGUAAGCCUGGUGGACCAAUGAACAGCGAUGAGCGUGAACCGGGACGACCUGAAGAGCAGGAUGACUCAGAAAACAGCACAAUCUACAUCACGGGACUGACUGAGAAGGCUACCCUGGAGGAAAUGGCUGAGUUCUUUAAACAUGUUGGCCCCAUCAGGAUUAACCGCAGACUUGGCCAGCCUGCCAUCAACAUUUACACAGACAAGGACUCAGGAAAGCCCAAGGGAGACGCCACCCUUUCCUACGAGGAGCCAAUCUGUGCCAAAGCAGCUGUGGAGCAUUUUGAUGGAAAGGAGUUCCAAAGCCGAAGGCUUAAGGUGUCGAUGGCACGUCGCAAGCCCAUGAUGGGUGGAAUGAGGGGUGGCAUGCCCAUGAGAGAUGGCAUGAUGGGUCGUGGAGGUAUGAUGAACCGUGGAGGAGACCGCGGCGGGUUCGUCCCGCGUGGUGGUCCUCGUGGUAUGGGCAGAGGUGGACCCACAGGAGGCAACAUGCAGCAGAGAGCUGGGGACUGGGAGUGUCCUAACCCGGGUUGCGGCAACCAGAACUUUGCCUGGAGGAUGGAGUGUAACCAGUGCAAAGCCCCCAAACCAGAAGGGUUGGGCGGUGGCCCUCCUUUCCCCCCCGGCGGUGACAGAGGCAGAGGUGGAAUGGGGAUGCGUGGAGGCAGAGGGAUGGACCGUGGUGGGCCGGCAGGAGCCGGAGGCCCAGGUGGUCCUGGAGGUUUCCGUGGAGGUUGGGGAGACCGCGGUGGAUUCAGAGGACGGGGGGGAAUGGAUAGGGGAGGUUUCCGUGGAGCCGGGCGUGGAGGACCACCCAUGGACCGAAUGGGUGGCAGAGGGGGAAGAGGAAUGGGCCCACCAGGUGGAAAGAUGGAUAUGAGGGACCAUCGCCAGGAGCGCAGAGAGCGGCCCUAUUGAAGAGCUUGACUGUUCCUCUUGCGGAAUUUGAUUUUUAAAGAUCAUUUUUAAUUUAUGAUUCCAUAUUUCAAUGCUUAUAGAGCUGCUUAUAAACAUCCUGUGCAGUUUCAUUCAACUCCUGUUUCCAUUUUUAUUUUAGUUUACCCAUGUUUAUGCAGCAUCUUGUAUUGUGCAUGUUUAUUUUGUUGCUUUUUUUUUAAACGUGGUGAUUAGAUUUGACAGUGUUGUAUAAUGCUUUUUUCCAUUCGUUAACAUAACUGCUUCAUCUUUCCCGUAACUGGCUAUUGUAUGAUGACACAUUUGGGAAAUAAAAUUUUACUGAUUUGA